UCUCUCGGCAAUCCUUCGCGAGUUUGCGCUCACUCUCUCUCCCGCCACUUUCGAUUCCUCCGAAUCAUAUCUUCUGCCGGAGAUUGAGCUUUCCGGCUAAUCUCUCUCGAGGGACGUCGCCGAUCGACGAUUCUUACUGCUACAUUCCGUGGGUUUCGUUCGUGCCGUUUCAUAUACCCGUCAAGGUUGCAUUCCAUCACUGUAAAGGUAUAACUUCAAUGGAGGAUUACAAAGGGAAGGUGAGAGGUCCGUGUGUUAAGAGGUUGAGAAAAUCCAAAAGUCUGGAAUUUUUAGGAUGGGGUUCGAAAAAUCUCAUUGAGUUUCUCCAAUCACUUGGUAGAGAUACCACCAACAAAAUAUCCGAAUACGAUGUUACAGAGACUGUAAGGAAAUAUAUUCGGGAGCAAAACCUUGCAGCACAUUCUCCGUCUCAGAAUAAGAAGAGGAAGACAAAGACAGUAGCUUGCGAUUACAGGUUGCGUUUGCUUUUCGAGAGUCAGAAGAUCAACAUAAUCAAAAUCCCUGAUUUGGUAGCCAAGCAUUACGCUGAGAAUCAGGAAGACGUCGACUCCUACUACUACAGUCCAGAGGAUGAUGAGCAACAGAUGUUCUCUCGGUCAGAUAAGACGGGUAGACAGACGAAACAGGUUUUGCAAAAGCCUAAAGGGACUUUUGCAAAAAUAGUCAGCGAUAACGUCAAGCUCCUGUAUCUAAGGAAGAGUUUUGUCCAGGAACUAGCAAAGUCUCCUGAAACCUUUGAGAGUAGAGUGAUGGGAACUUUUGUGAGGAUCAAGAAUCCCUGUCAGCUUGUUCAAGUGACAGGUGUGAAGGAGGGAAAUCCGAGUCAUGGUUAUCUACUUGAGGUUACUAACUAUACGUAUUCUCUAAAAGAUGUUCUUUCCUCUGCCCUAUCAGAUGAUGAUUUCUCUCAGGAGGAAUGUGAAGAAUUGCAUCAGAGAAUGAAGAAUGGCUUUGCAAAGAGACUUACAGUUGUAGAUAUGGAAGAAAAGGUUCGAAGUUUGCAUGAAGAUCUGACAAAACAUUGGAUUGCAAGGGAACUUGUAUUGUUACAAAAGCUUAUCAAUCAGGCCAGUGAAAAGGGAUGGCGAAGAGAACUAUCCCAGUAUCUGGAAAAAAAGGACCUUCUUAUGAAUCAGAAAGAACAAUUGAGGCUAUUGAGUGAAGUUCCAGAAGUUGUUGCAGAGGAGCUUGAACCUGAAUGUGUAGAUGAUGAUGGAAAGAUAGAAAAUGACUUCAUGGAACCAAACCCCGAGGCCUCCAUUGAGGCUCGUCAAAGUGAUGAAGAACAACAACUAAGUGAUUCACCAGUUUCUAGUCUCCAGAAAACUCCAGAAAAUUUCAAGCUCUGUAAUGGAGAAGAACAGCCACCAUGGACCGCUUCUCCAGGUGACGAAGAUCUCAACGAAUAUGUGGAGGAGCAACCAGCAAAUGGCAUCAUCGCACAGAACAAGGACUUCAUCAGUGAAGUAGAGAUGAUUGGUCUUGAUAAUGAAGCUCAAGCUCAACCAAUUCCUUUAGAGAUCAUCGAACUGAGCGAUGAUGAUGAUGAUGGGGACAACAAAAAUCUAGAUAACCAGCAUUAUGAUCCAAAGAAGGUGGUGUGGUUCUACGAAUACCCUAAAGGAGAAACACAAGGACCAGUCUCUCUGAAUGAUCUCAAAAGGUGGAGCGACGAUGAAUACUUUGUUGAAUUUCUAGAUUUCAAAGUAUGGAUGAGAGGAGAGAGCAGAAAAUCUGCAGUGUCACUGACCAAACUUCUAACUCGUGUCAGAACCUAAUUGAACAGCUCAGACGAUUCUCCUCGCUCUCAGUUGCACCUAACAUUGGAAUAUGCUGUAUUUCCUACUGACCUCUGAUAGAUGAUAUUCUUUCUGAUUUGUAUUUA